AAUGGUUUACUUUCCAUUUGAUAACAGAGCGUCAAUUACUGAAAACAACCGAAAGUCCCACAUGGCAAUCCCCCCAAUCAGACCAUCUGCAUUCCUACGAAUGGCUAUGGCUAUUCAUGGCAAGCCGGGAUAGUGGGCCUCGUAAUAUAUGGUAAUAUGUGGCAUGUUAUGAGUGCUAUGUUAGAAUUGCAACCGCGAGUACCGGCACAGAUAAGCUUGGGCAGUGUUGAUGUCCUAUUUCUUGACCAUACACCAUGUUUGUCUCGUCCUCUUCUUUUAUUAACCCACCCUGCUAGACAUGGUGAAUUGUUCAUUCGUUCGUUGUCUCCCCUAAGAGGAUCUCUAUAAUGGCCUCCGAUGCGUCAGAACGCAGACCCAAGUCGGGGGUUCUCCCUGCCAAAUUCAGAACCCUUGUUAACGACAUGAAAAGGUUCAGGAUCCACCGCCGUGAGAAGAAGGGGGCCAAAGGCGCUAUGCCCGAACCCACUUCUACCUCCGAAGUCCUUCUGACCCCUGAGUCGACGAAGCCAAUCCAAUCGAUACAUAGUUCUCUGCCCGCGACAGCGAACCUCGCCGUUCAGGUCACCAUCACUUUUGAUGAGCCCCUGAACUAUUCAUACACUCGAAAUUAUGAAGCAUCGCCGUCGUUGCAGGCCACCGAGGCAAUGUGCCAGGGCCUGCUACGGCGAGUUGAUCACUGCUGCCAUGAGUUAAUUACCCGAAAAGACUCAACUGCCAUGGAGUAUGCUGCUGCAAGUGGUUCAGAUAAACCGUUAAGAUUCGAGAUACAAGUCGAUAUCAUUAGGGGUUGGUCUGAGAUUUGGGCGUCCAGAACCUUCAAAUCCUACCAAAAGCAACUCUUAUCAGUUGAAGCUGCAAGAGAAGUCAUCAUAUCAACCCAUCAUAUAAUAGGGCUUUUCUUGCGACAGCAUGAUGAAGGUUUUGUUUGGAAAGACGGUCCGGUACGAGAUGAUCCGCUAGAUGAUCAAGGGAAAUUCCCGCAUCGCGCCGGUCGUGUACAGCCCAUGUCAUGCGUACCACGCUCCUAUUUUCUUGAAAAGUCACAAUCUUUCGAGUUAGUUCCUGGUUACACUGUUGCCUUCUCGUUCACAAGCCGAUGCCAACGCCGGAAACCGUCCGAAUGGCACACAACAGUCGAAGUGAACAGUGCCCAGGCUGCACCCCUAAAUUCGAUUGGGAUAGAAACUUUAUUCUUCGAAACAUCGUACGCCCUGGAAGGCGUUUUGAGAUCAGAAAGACAAGCCUUUGAAAAGGUCCAUAGUCUCUGUGUUAGCCUAGACGGGUGCAAAGACUGUCGACAUCAUGACAAUGACGGCUUAGAAUUGCAAUUUUCUGUCAUGAACAACCUAGGGCCCCAGUUCCCUCGUUUAGAGAGAACUAUAUACUGCAACAGCAAUCUUUCCUUCCACUCUGAUGCCCAAGAAUGUAUGGCAUUUGUCAACAAAGUAGAAACUGCUCUCGCUCAUGUUCGAGACGCUACUGAUGAUAUCAUUAAUCGAAUGAACGACCUGGAAUUCAGGAUAACAGAACUUCGUGGACAUGGCUGGUCGUUGGAAGAGCCACUAAUUUUUAUUCUGGAUUCCUCCAAGUCAUUUUCCCAGAGGAAUAUCGAGGCCGUACUGGAUCGGAUCCAAGCUGGCAUCACAGACAUACUCCGGGGCAACGCCAUAUCUGUCCGAAUGACAGCUCACAAACGGGGCCAUUUCAUUUUGGAUAAGACGUUCGUCGCUCGAGAACCUUUUGAGCCGACAGAAAAGAAGGCAAAGCAGUCUCGCAGAUCGAAAGCUUUCGUCUUAGACCGGUUACAACAGCGUGUUGAGCGGGACAUUGCAAUGAUUUGCAAAGACACCAUAACGCUCGAUGAUGCAGAUGAAGAGACCGGAACAGUUCGAACGGAAGCUGGCGUUCUAGAACAGAGCCCUACUCAUGAUGCGGAUGUUUCUGUCUCCGUAAGUGGGCUUGAAACCACCGAGUCGAUCUCCAGGGUCCCUACAGAGCAGCACGAAGAUUCUCCCUGUGAAAACCAACACCCGGAAACUAGUGCUGCUACCUCCAUUUCAGAAGGGAUGGCAGAAGACUACAACUUAGCAUGCAAAGCUGCAAACCCUGAUGCUCCCGAGGAACGAGAACUUUCCGUACCUCCAUCUCCCACCAGAUGUCGACCAUUUAUACCUGCCAGGAAAUCAUCCAGUGCUUCGGCCGCCAUAUUCAUCCCAGAGACAGGUGCUCGAGCUUUUCCAUUAGUGCCAGAUCUAGAUUCUUAUGUAGAAUCUGAAGGCGCUGGCUUAGACAAGGACCACGAGAAGAGAAUCAUACAGGCUAUAUCCGAUGAGCCUCUCGGUGGUAAUGUACCGCAUCAGCUUGCCGCACGGAUUUCCCGCCCGAACACUGCCCAUGAAACAAUGGCAUCCCAAGAAAAGGAGCCAGCCGUAACAAACUCCGGGGAGGAACCAGCCUACGAGCCUUCGAUUGCCUCUUCGACUCCUAGCCUAGUCUUCGGUGAUGGUUCUUCCCCUGAUAGUAGCCUCCUGAUUACUCCUAAGAAACACCGUCUUAGCCCCGACGUGGACCACUCGAAGAAUGCAAUUAUAGACAGCGACGAUGACGAGGCCAGAGAUUCGGGUAUCGAUGUUCAUCAGGACUUCGGGAAGAGCCAACCUUUCCCCUCACCUACUCUUCGACAUGCAAGGCCAGUAAUUUCGUCGCCAUUGCGUGUGAGCCAAACCGUUCAGGACCAAAGUCCCCUCUCCAUUCCUGCGAUUAGCAACGCGCCGUCGAAGAGUAUCAUAGAACUUGCCGACCAGACAUUCGGCCAACAAUCGUCAUCUGCCCCUUCUAUAACGCAUAUCCAUCAUGCCUCUACGACAGAAAUUGACACGGCCGAUGCGUUCACAUCCGAACUUCCAAGUCCAAGCAAACCCCAAGUCGAAACCCAAAGCCUGAAAGAAGAAAGCGGCGAGUCUUCUCCUAGCACCGAACCCGAACUCCCCAAUCUCCCCUCCCAACCCGAAACGGAAGAAAGCGAGAACGAGAACGGAAUAGAGUUCCAAGAAUCCACCACGAACUCCUUCGCCCAAUCCAAACCCGACUUCACAUUCUCGUCCCCACCCGCGAUCUCCUCCCCCUCGCACAGCGAAUCAGGCUCCGACAACCCUAAUAAUAACAACAGUCCGCCGAACCCCAUCCCCAUUCUUACCUCCGGUUCCGGCUCCGACAACCCCAACUCUUCCAUCCCCAGUCUAAACCCCAAUCCUCCACGUCUACAAAUCGACAUGAGCCCCGACCCAUCCGAAGCCGACAUCGACUCGGACGCGGAGCUGUCCCCGCCCAGCCGCCCUCUCACCCAGCGCAGCUCCUUCGGCAGCGCCGGCGUUCUCGGCUUCCAUGAGCAGAUGUUCGGGUCGCUGAGUUUAAGGUCCGCGCUUAUUCGCUCGCGGCCUGGGUCUAGUGGCGAUUUUAGUGUUGGCGAGGGGAGGAGUAGGCCGGGGACUGCGGUUUCGCAUUUGUGAUGAUGGUUUCUUUUGUUAUGGGAUGGGGGCAAGGUGUGAGGCGAGUUGCAUGGUGCAUUGUGAAGAAGCAUAGGUAUAGCGUGGGCUGGCUCGGAGUUGAGUUGAGUUGGUGGUCAGCAUAACUUUCGUUUGUAGGAUGGGAUGGGACGGAAUUGGGUCUUGUGCAUGGGAUAUGCAUAGCUUGUAUCAAAGCAAAGGAUAGGAUAGGAAAGGAAUGGAAGGAAAGGGUUGGUUAUUAGGAUAUAUACAUGGAGACUCAGCGUCGGGAAAAUGGGAUAUCAUUUGUAUUGGGUUAUAUAUCAUAGCAUCCUAUCCUCUAAAACUUCUAGAAAAGAUGAAAUAAUACAUAAAAAAUUGUUAACGGGA